AUGGCGGAUGUGGCGAGAUCGGCGGGGACGGUGAAGUGGUUCAGCGGCCAGAAGGGCUUCGGCUUCGUCUCGCCGGACGCCGGCGGCGACGAUCUCUUCGUGCACCAGACCGAGAUCCAAACCGAGGGUUUCCGCACGCUGCGCGAGGGCCAGCGGGUCGAGUUCGCCGUAGAUUGCCGCGAGGACGGCCGGAGCAAAGCCGUCGACGUCGUGAUCCUCACCAGGAAUCAGAAUUCCGGUGGCCGCGGCCGCGGCAGAGGUGGCGGCGGCUAUGGUAGGGGCAGAGGGAGGUUCGGCGGCGGCGGAAGUGAUGGAGUGGAGUGCUACAAUUGUGGCAGGAUCGGCCACUUGGCUAGAGAGUGCUAUCGAGGCGGCGGCGGUGAUGGUGGUGGUGGUGAGGGGGGAGGAGAUGGUGGUUACCGCAGCUAUGGACACGGCGGUGGUGAUCGGGGAGGAGAUAGUGGUUAUCGUGGCUAUGGACGCCGUGGUGGUCGCGGUAGCGGCGGCAGAGGUCGCGGCGGCGGCGGUGGGAGAGAGUGUUACAAUUGUGGUGAAGAGGGGCAUUUUGCUAGAGAUUGCCCAAUUGAGCAAAAUUGAGUAUUUUUUUAAGUAAGCUAUGUUUGCUUACAUAAAUAUUUUAAUUUGAUUUGGAUUUUAUUUUUCUUUCUAAUUUCUUGUUAUUCCAAUGUACUUUCAUCUCAAUUCUAUACACACUACUAUUUUUUUUUAA